AAUACAAUUUUAGCGCGGGAGCUUGGUUUGUGUGGGUUCAGUAUACGCCAUUACAGCCAGCAAACAAAAUGUCUACUAUACUGGAUGUGCCAAAGCCUCGAAUUAACUGCUCGAUGUUGUCGCGGUAUAUUAACAAACCAGUGUGUGUCGUCGGGCGUGUUGAAAAGGUGCAUCCAAGUGGAAAAACGUUCACAGUUGCUGACGGAGAAGGACAAAUUGCCACAGUUGAGCUAAAUGAACCUCUUGAAGAGGAGCUGUGCGGAAUUGUGGAGGUGAUUGGAAUGGUGUCCAACAGAGGAGCAGUCAUGGCCACCACCUUCAACAUGCUGCGAGAUGAGAAGGGCAUUUCUUUUGACUUGGAACUCUACAAUGAAGCUGUGAAGGUCAUUCAUGAUUUCCCCCAGCAUUAUCCUUUUCAAGUGGCUGCAAGUGGAUAAGCCUUCAGUCUUUUUGGCGUACAUGCACCAAAUACUGUUUGUCACAAAAGUUGUUUAUAAUAAACCUUCAGAGAUGUAAUUGACUGGCUGCCUUUCAUCACCUGCUCACCAGCACGUCCAUCAUUACAUAAGCAGUAUAUGUUCUCUUUCUGAACUUGAGCGUUUUGACUCCAUUAAAUUGAUGAUGUAGCCUGCACAGGGCCUGUGUAUCUGUGUGCAAGUUCAACACUCCAUCUAAUAUCAC